AUGGCGGACAACACAGCUGUAGCAGAAUCGGCUUCAGCCAGUGGAGGUGAUUUGGUCCCAAGCGAUUCUGCAGUGGCCGAGAAUCAAAAUGGACAGGCUGGUGCACAGGAGCAGGCACCUCCUCCCCAACAGAGCACAUGGCAAACCGUCAAAGGUAUGGCCUUCCGUGUCUUUGUUUUCUACAUGGUUAUGAGCUUCUUCCGCAAGUCCGCAGCUCCUGCUGAGAACACAACCACCACAGAGGACGGUAAAGCUGUAGUCAGUUCCAAGUUGGCCGGUAAUCUCUUCCCAAAGGGGAUGGCAAUGGAUCUUCGUAUUUACGUGACCGACCAAGAGAAGUUCACACAGUUCAAUGAGAGUCAGUACAUGUUUUGGGAGCUGACGGACCUGGAGUAUGGGGACUGGUCUAGCGGUCCCAAUGGGGACGGAUCAUACGAGUUAACAAACUUUGUGGAAGUAUCGGAGGAAGCAAUGAACAAUGGUUCCUUGUACAUCCACAUCUUCUUCACAAAGAACGGUUAUUCCCCAGAUCCAAGACAGAAAGGAAAGUUUGCCAAGAGAUACACAGUCUCAAUGAGUAAAAGACUGAAUCGAUUCAAGAAACGUCAUUUCACCAAAACAAAGAACCUACUGACAGGAGAGACUGAAGCCAGUCUAGAAGACCUUAAGAGGGCAGAGGAAGAGGGUCCAACGCAGAUUGUUUCCCACUGGCAUCCCAAUCUCACUGUUAACAUUGUAGACGAUCACACCCCAUGGAGGGCUGGCAGUGUACCUUCGCCGCUGGAUGAAUAUGUCAAAUUUCACGUGUCUGGUGAUUACUACCCUAUGGUUUAUGUUAACGAUUACUGGAACCUCAACAGUGAUUACACACCCAUCAAUGAGUCGACUCCGCGCCUUCCUCUCACCCUGACCUACACACCCAUCUCACUGUUCAAGCUUCAAUUCUACGCUGCUCAGUCUAUGCGUAAUCAGUGGACGAUGAUCAUGGGAGAUGGCGGAGGUGGGGAGGACGAUGAUGAGCAAGACAGCUUAAAGAGAGCUAUGCUGGAGACCAACCCAUAUCUCUUGGGACUCACCUUCAUCGUCUCUAUCGUCCACAGUGUCUUUGAAUUCCUGGCAUUCAAAAAUGAUAUCCAGUUCUGGAAUAACCGCAAGUCCCUUGAAGGCCUGUCUGUUCGCUCUGUGUUCUUCGGUGUGUUCCAGUCGCUGAUUGUGCUUCUCUAUAUCAUGGAUAAUGAGACCAACUUUGUCAUCAAGGUCAGCGUGUUCAUUGGUCUGAUCAUAGAGGGAUGGAAGAUCACCAAAGUUGUCAAUGUCAAGUUUGACAGGGAGAAUCCAUACCUUGGAUUCAUCCCGAUACGGUUUGAAGAUAAAUCCUCCUACACGCAGUCCUCUACUAAGAAAUUUGACCAGAUGGCGUUUAAGUAUCUGUCUUGGUUAUUAUUUCCACUUCUUGCCGGAUACUCAGUCUAUUCAGUCAUAUAUCAGGAACAUAAAGGCUGGUACUCAUUCGUCCUUAACAUGCUCUAUGGCUUCCUGCUUACAUUUGGUUUCAUCAUGAUGACACCCCAGCUGUUCAUUAACUACAAGAUGAAAUCAGUGGCUCACCUUCCAUGGCGUAUGCUCACCUACAAAGCUCUCAACACCUUCAUAGAUGAUAUCUUUGCCUUUGUUAUUAAGAUGCCGAUGCUUUAUCGUAUUGGAUGUUUACGUGAUGAUGUGGUCUUCUUAAUCUACGUCUACCAGCGCUACAUCUAUCCAGUAGAUCUGAAACGAGUCAACGAAUACGGCACUACGGGUGAAAUGCACAUAGAUGCAGACACCAAGAAGCUUGGAAAUACCCCGGGAGAGGAUCCCAAAGCAAUAACCGCCGCCCCGAAGACAGAGGAAGAAAAGAAGAAAGACUAAAACUGUCAAUUUGGUACACAAAGGCUUGCAGGUUAAAGCCUAAUAAUAAUCUACGCGUACAGGAUGCGUCAAAAUGAA